UGGCCUAAAAUAAAGUGUCGGAGUGCCCAUACCUAUGUCCGAGUGUUGAGUGUCCGACACGAGUACUUGAAGCAAAAUGAAGAGUCGGGGUAACAUAGCUGCUAACAACAAUGCCGAGAACCAAGAUACAUCAUACACACACCAUUGUGAACAUCCUGCUGUGCAUGACACCUGCAUAGCUGCAUAUGAAAAGAAAAAACACAUGCAUAAUUCGUUCAAUAAAGGAUCUCUGUGAUUGUUCGAUAAGAACAGAAAACGUGCUAGAUAAUUGAUGGUAUUCUGUUGAGGUGUGCUCUUAAUCAUUAAUGCUUUUAUCCAACACAAUCUUGAUAAGACUCUUGAAUGGCCACUGCCAUGCCCAUACAAAGUGAGUAACUGCUUAGUCAAAGGCCUAACACAAUGCUAUGUAAUGUGUUACAUUGUAAGAAAAUGUUGUAUGAAUGUUUUUACAUUAUGAAACAAAAAAGCCCCCUGAUUACAGGGGACGAAACCGCUGUUGUUUUAAUUUGUUUUAUUUUGAUUUUCAUCUUGAUAACCACCUGUGAUGCACUAAACGCUAUAAGCUCGAAUCGAAUCAUCCAAGAUGGAUUUAGUACUAUUGAGUCGGCUGGUGGGAUAUUUGAGUUGGGAUUUUUCAGCCCACUGAGAUCCAAGAAAAGAUAUUUGGGUAUUUGGUACAAAAAAAUAUCGAUCAGGACGAUUAUAUGGGUUGCUAAUAGGGAUGCUCCACUUAGAGAUACUUCAGGGAUCAUGAGGUUUGAUGAAAAUGGAGUUUUAGUACUAGUUGAUAGUACUAAUAGCAUAAAGUGGUCUACAAAUUUAUUGAAAUCUGUGGCAAGUCCGGUGGCAGAGCUAUUAGAUAAUGGUAAUUUUGUCGUUAGGAAUGAAAAUGACACUCGCCUUAAGAAUAUAGUGUGGCAAAGUUUUGAUCACCCUGCAGAUAAUCUUCUCUCUGGCAUGCGAGUUGGAUGGGAUUUGCAAAAAGGACUUUACAGGUACCUUUCAUCCUGGAAAAGUUCCGAAGAUCCUUCUCUUGGUACUUACAAGAUAAGUUUGAAUCUGGAUGGAUACCCCCAAGUGCUUUUGUGGAAAGGCUCAGUUUUGCAGUUCCGGUUUGGGCCAUGGGAUGGUAUUCAGUUCAGUGGUGUCUCUUUUGAUGUGCCUGAUACACAUUUUGCAGUGAACUUUUUAAUUGAUCCGAAUAAAAUAUCUUUUAACCUUGAAAUUCAGAAUGCUAGUACUGAUACGAGGGUGAUGUUAACUCCGGAUGGAGAUAUACAAGUUCUUAGGUGGAUUAAUCAAACGAGGGAAUGGAAGAUUUAUCUGACUGCACCAAGGGAUGAUUGUGACCAUUAUUCAGUAUGUGGAGGUUAUGGUAACUGUAACAUAACACGAUCUCUCUCGGGACAUGCUGUGUGCGGGUGCUUGAAAGGAUACAAGCCUAGGUACGUAGAAAAAUGGAGAGUAGGAGAGUGGUCUAAUGGAUGCAUCCGCAAGACUCAGCUAGCUUGUGGAUCUGGAGAUGGUUUUGUAAAGUAUUCAGGGCUAAAGUUGCCAGACACGCAAAAUUCAUGGUUUAAUCAUAGUCUGAGUCACGAAGAAUGUAAGAGCUUCUGCUUGAAGAAUUGCUCUUGUACAGCUUAUGCAGGUCUAGAUGUUAGAAAAGGUGGAAUUGGGUGCAUGUUGUGGUUCAGUGAGCUGCUUGAUAUCAGAGACUACAGUGCAAAUGGGCUAGACUUAUAUGUGAAAGUUGCUGCCUCAGAACUAGGUAAGGCAACUUAAAAGAAUUACUACUUAACAUUCAGAGUUUUUCCUGUUCUGAAGAAAAUAAAAUUUUAUCUGCAGCGGCCU